GCAGUUGCAAGUGACGUGUGCGCACGAACACACAUAGUUUUGUUUUAUUUUUUAUGUUGGGUUCCGUUCGUUGUUGGUGUUGUGUUGCGUUGUCUCUUCGUGAAGUGAGCAGCGUGAAUUUGUGUAUCACGACAGCGCGUGGCGCAUCGUUUGUCUUUUUUGUGUGUGAAGAAAAAUUUGGUAAAAAACGGUUUCUUUUUGUGUGUGUGUGUGUGGGAAAUUGGAGAAGAAUUUGAAGAAUAGUUUCGUUGUCCAGUCCACAUUCCAUCACCCAUCAACCGCAGUGAGGACCGACCGCGUUGCGGGGAUGUGAAGCGUGUGAGGAGGGACACAACCACACACGCACACACACACACACUGCAGUAGUGUUAGUGGCCCAGUAGUACAUUGCUGACAGUGUUGCUGCCGCAUUUUCGUAUUACAAUUGUACGGAUUUUGAUGUUCCAUUAUUUGUUAGUUAUUGCUAAACUGCCCAAGCGACGGCCACUACCCUUUUACAUUAGAUAUGUGUGCAGUUAGUUGGUGGCACCCUUCCAGAAGCUCCCUGCGUUUGUGUGUGUGUGUGUGUGUAGUGUGAGUGCGUGGAGAUAUUUCGAUGCGCGAUCGGCGGCGCACGCGAGGGAGUGGGUCGUGACACAAACGUUGCGCGGCCGGGCCGUGUGGAGCGCGAUCGACGCCACCUCGCCACCCGUCAUCUAAGUCUCCCAGUGUGUGAGAGAGUCUGUUACUGCUUGGAGAGAGACAGAGAGAGCUGGCCGACCGCGAUUGCACCCGCGGGGUUCCCCUCGGUUAGGGUGGUGGUGGUGGUGGUGGCGGGUGUGCCAGAGCUCUCGGUCGGUCGGUUUAGCGUCGUCGUGGCACAAGCGCACAACAAAACCAGACAGCCGCCGUACGCCGUGGUUGGUGCGCGCGUUUAUUGUUAACCCUGCGUUUUGGCAUCUGAUUUUCCAUCCAAUCCCCCCCUUUCCCUUAAAGGGGACCGUUUGCGUGCGUGUGUGAGUGUGAUUGAGAUAAAAAGAGAAAAAGUGUAUGUGUGUGUGGGAGGAAAAUAAACGGAAAAUUUUGCGUUGUUUGGAAGGAAAACGCGCACUGUGCGUGUGUAACAAGUAGGAGAGAAAAAGGGGUUCCGUUGUGGUGUAGCUGUGUGUACACGCCGUCGUGCAGUCGCAGAUGAAGGAGAAAAGAAAAUGCAGCAACGGCGAACGUAGAAAAGUGAACAGCUUGAAAGAGUGUUAGACGGUUGGCAACAGUUUAGUGGAAAAGUAUGAAAAUGGUUGCCUUCUUUCGAUGAAAUCAAAGCUAAAGUUUGCGGUGAAGAUGUGCUCCUAGUGGCCUCGUUUUUUGGGGGGUUGCCGGUGGGUUUCCGACGAUCGUGUAAUGCCCGAUCUGAUCGCGCAAGAAGCCCCGGAGAGAACACUUCUAACUCCAACAGACGCAGUGUGUUCCGUUGGUUGCCAUUGUUUUGGCUAGUUCAGCGAGGGGUGCAAGAGCCGCUAAUUGGCCAAAAACUAUUACGUGAAGCGCAGAGUGCGGUCGAUUGGCAAUGAGGGGUGGAGAAGUGAAAGAUCGGUGGGAGGCUUGGGAUAUGGAUAAUUGCAACAAUUAUUGUUGUGCUUUUUGAGUCUUGGUGGUUCAGUUUUCGUUGUGUGUCUGGAGGAGUGUAGCGGAAGGUUGUCUGCUCGGUUUGUUUCUUCUCUUUUCCUUUUUUCCGCUUUGAUCCCGUCUAAAAAAAAGUAGACCACUAGGGGAUUGGCCGAAAACGGGAAAACACCCAACCAAGCCAGCCAGCCAGCAGCAACGGGGACGGGACAGGGGUCGAAUCGAUCGAAUGCCGUCGAACUUUCGUUUUCGCUUGCUUUUGUUUGUUGUACGUUAAAACAUAUUCGCGCUUGCUGGCAGGAAAGAUACAAUCAUCCCUUCCCCCGGUGCAGUGCUGGACACAGACACACACAGAAGCAUAAACAGCAAAAAGAGAAGAAAACAAUCCACAUACACACAGAGAGAGACUGCCAGCGACUUGAAGACGUGGAAAAGCGGUGGCAGCGCGCACACUGGCCAACGCACUUGGGGUUUGGGGUGGCUUUUUGUGCCGUUUUUCUUUAGCCUUUGCCGCGACUUUUCCAUUCACCACCACCACCACCACUUCUCCAAUGCCGAAUCAUAUCGCCGUUUGUGGCUGUGUGGUGUGGCCUCUUGUGAGGAAGUUGACCUCUUCGCUUGCAUGUUUCUGUGGCAGUUUUUCUUUCUUCCCUUCUCCUCCAUUGUAGUUGACUGUGUGUGUGUGUGUGUGGUCCAUUCGAGAGAUGGAAUUAAGAUGAGGAGAGUUGGUGCUUUUCCUUCUGCCCCCUUUCUAUGUCGUUGUUUUCGCCGCUUUUCCGCCUCCAAUCCCCUUUUUCUUGAAGACGCGCGGCCGAGUGGCUGGCAAAUGAAGUUUUCCGCUCUUUGAGCGAGUGGGCCUUUCCGCUCCCUCUCUCCAUGGUGCAUCUGUAUUGCAUGUAAGACACAAGUGCAUCUCCCCCCCCCCCUCCUCCAGGAAAGACAUGCACACACCGAAACACGAACGCGGCGGGAUGUGAAAGCAGAUUCAGCAGCUCUCCAUAGUUUCCACUGCCGCCACCGCUGCUUCGCGGUGAAGAUGUGAAACUCUGCUGACGAGUGUGUGUGUAUGUGUGUGUGCGUGUAGCUGGAAAACGGCUGGUGCUCCAAAUGGGGGUACGAUGUCAAGCCGGUGGAAAAGCGGGAAAAUCCGGGCGGAAUGGUGGAAGAUAAGAAGCAGCAAAAGACGGUGGAUCAGUGGAAGCUCUCUAACACAGACACACACACACACACACAGAGAGGCGUAUGCAAACAUUGCUUCAGAUAUGGGUGUAAAAAAGGGCAGAGAGGGAGAUAGAGAAAGAGAGAGAGAGAGAGACAGUGAGAAGUAACAAGCAGGUUUAAAGUCCACGAUACAAUACAGGAAGCGUGCAGGGUUAACUGAGUCAUUUUGCGAUGUUAGUUGUAUGCGUUUUAUCGUUCACGAGAUGAGUUCUGAUUUCUACCAAGUAUUUAUAUGGGCUGAAUGUGACCUUCGACCUCUCUGAUGUGAUGCAAAUUUGUCCGAUGUAUUAAACAUUAUCUUUUAAUAAUUUUUAGACAUUCUGUUUUCAAUUUUUGGAAGGUAAAGAGGUUUGGGAGGACUCUGGACUCUGUUAAGAGUUUUAACGAGUAAGAGCAAAAGAGAAUUUAUAUUCAUUUCUUUUGCUUUUUUAUUUGACACUUGUCUCAAAUGAACUGCUUUGGUGCAGUGUGUUGCGUGGUAGUAGUACUAGAAGACGUAAAAUGAGCUUUUAUGUAUUAUUUUAAGCAGAUGGAGCUAUUUAUUAUGCUUUUAUAACUCCUUUACCUUCCCAAAAAUCCAUAUUUGCGAUCAAAGUUAGAAAAAUCAAAUGGACAUUUAUUCACACUUUGCACUGUAGAAAAGAAACGUAUCAAAAAUCAUAUUGAAUAGCUAGAAGAGAUCAUUUGGAGCUACGAGUAUGUCGCUACCGUUAAAAUGCCCAACUCACAACGCAACAUGACUCGAUAAAACCCUGCAAAGAUCAGCAGGAAGCCCAGAAGGACACCCACAAGCAGACACGCCGAACAAGACAACACAAGGGGAGGAAAAAUCGACAACAACAAAAUACAAAUGCAACGACCUUUUUUUCGUGAUUACACAGUUUGCUUGAGCUUAGACAUAGUGAGAGAGAGAGAGAGAGCGAGCGUCUUAUGUGUUGUUUUUAUCUUCGAUACUGCUGCCGCUGCUGUUGCUGCUUGUCUUUUGGAGUACGUGGCGUAGCUGCAGACUGUAGGAAUGUCAACUAUGUGGCCCUCUGUUGAACGUUUUUGUUCGAGGGAUUGGUGGUGCAUUGAAUAGUAUCUUAUGCAAUUUUGUUGGAAUUCAAAUCUCUGCUAGAGAUGGCAGUGGAUGUGAUUCAUCAUCAUCAUCAUCAUCUGCUGUUGGGGAGCUUCCCAAUGGUUUGCACAGACAAGAUCUCAGAUAUUGGGUUUGUGCUUGUUCAGCCACUUCAGUAGUGUGUCUUCUGUCGCUCUUGUUUAGUGACUUCGUUUUGUGUUGCGGAUGACAAAUCCACAGAGGUGUGUGGAACCAGAAGCGGAUGUUUACUCAGUUGCUGUCUCGCAGCAAGGCAGCAAGGCAUGGUUCGUGCUGUAAGUUUGGUGUGUACGUGAUCCCGAACUCGCGGUGUGUGUUUACUCGCAUCAACAUCAUCGCCAUCACGACAGAUGAUUCGAUUGCGGGGUUUUCCAGGUUCUCAAAUCCAUUAGAUAGAGAGGUGGGGGAUUUGUGUUUUUAGUUGUUGCUUUGGAUUGUCGCCCGCUCGGUGUGUAUUUGUUGUGUUUGGUAAGAAUUUCAAGAUACAAAGCUCGCUCUCUUGCUCUUCCUCGAUCGUAUGCACUCUCUCUCUCUCUCUCUCUCUCUCUCUCUCUCUCGCGAUCUAUGCCACGAUUCGGAAUCGACCAAAUCCCAACAGAGAGAUGAUCCGCGCGAUGAUCGCCGCUUGUUUCUUUCAAACGCAGCGACCACCACUCUCCGCGAUCGAUAUUUGAGAGCAACUGAAACACACAAAAACAAAAAAAAAACAUUGUGCUGCAGUGGCGCAAUUGUCGACUGCCUCCCAUCUUGCCCCCACAUUACCCCCACCAUCGCCGCGCGGCUUAUGCUUUUCGUGAGAGAGCAAGUUGAUGUCGCGCCGCAGUUGCCGGGUCCGCGACGGGUUGGCAUUCCGUAUUCGUGGCACUUCACACGAGGCGAUCGCAGGCGUGCGCGCGACUCUAAUGCUCCUCUCGACCAGUUCUCUCUGUUUUCCGUGUUCAAGCUCUCGCACGCGCGUUUAUCUGAAUAUCAUCAGCAACAGCAGCAGCAGCAACAGCACGAGCGCGCCAGUGUUGCUGUCUGCCUAAUGAGUGUAUAUGUGUGUGUAUGUGUGUGGCUGUGCAUGGCCCUAUAACAGUAUCUACUUCCGGCUAGCGUCAUGUGAAACCUAACUGCAAACGCACUUUUGCUCGCACUGGCCGCUGGCAAACCGAGAGAAAGAGGGAAUAGUAGUCUCGUAGCAGGAAAAGUGAGUGAAAAAGAUAUCCAGUGCGACCCACGGUACGGUUGUCGUCGUCGUCGUGCUGUGGUGUGUGCGCUGGUGCGCCGUUUGGUCCACAAAAAGUGAAUUCCACAGGCCGGGCGCGCGACUAAAAGUGUGUGUGUGUGUGCGCGAGUGAAAGCAAUCAAAACGUCGUUGUGUGUCGAGUGGGAGACGAGUGGCAAAGAAGGCCUGGAAAACGGGGGGGAGGGGUAAAAGUUGAUAAAAGCAAAACCCAGUGGGUUGUUUGAAGGCAAAAAUAGGCAACACACACACCGGAAAGCCUUUCUAGAUCUGGUCGUGUUGUGGAGAAGCGCACUAAAGUGAAACUGAGCGAGUGUGUUUGUGUUGGUGCGAUUAGAGUGUUAGAGAAGUGUGUUUCUUUGUGUGAAAGUGCACGAUAAGUAGAAGCAACAGGAUCACAGGCGCGUAGUAGGACAUCUGCCGCGGGAACGGGCAUCCCUGGCCCUCUGGGUCCUCGUGUGUCCUGCUGACAAUAAUCCACAGGAAAAAAAACCCUCAAGCCACAACCAUGGUUCGACGGGCGGUAUCCACCUCGCCGGAGUCGACGAACCAUCACCAUCUGAACAGCCACCAUCACCUCAGCCAAGCACAGACGCCAACCUCAUCGACCUCCUCGCUGUCGUCGGCCUCCGACGGUCAGCCCGUCUCGCAGCAGCCCUCGCCCUCAUCGCAGCAACACUCGCCCGUCUCGGUGAGCAGUGCACCGGCGGCGGCCAGUGUUGCUAGCGGCGGAACAAAUGCCACGGGCGGACACGGUGGUGGCGGAGGCAGCGGAUACGAUGUGCUUCAGUUUGUGCGUCAGCUGCCGGGACCGCUUGGGCCGGGCCAGCAGCACGUUCACCUUGCGCCGCACGGUGCCGAAAAUGGUGGGCACGGUGGACUGGCCGGCGCUGCCGGUGGCAUCUUUAUCGCAGCGGGGCCGUACGCCGGCGAUUACUACUCCGACCACUCGUACUACUACCCACACCCGGACUAUGGAUCACCGCCGCCAGCUCCCCAUCCCUGUCCGGUGCAUCAUGAGUACGGUCCCGUCACACUGCCAAUGGUGUCGCAGAACGGUACGCCCCCGAUGGCGAUGCCGAUGCAGGUACCGCAGGGCCACAUCAUGCAGCAGAUAGUGGACGAAAACGGUACGCUCCGGCACGUCAUCCUGUCGACCCAGCCGCCCCAACCGCUCCGGCAGGGGAAUGUUCAGCACCAUCUGCAUCCGUCAGCAUUUAUUAAUGGUACACCGACGCCGUUCUUCAACCCGAUUGCCGCCAGCUACCAGGCGGGACCCGGGGCCGGUGCCCCUCAGAUGUACCCGUCCCAGCUGAUCGGUGCGAACGGGGCGAACGUGGGCGGCGGUACGGGCGGCAACCACGGGCUGCACACGGCGCAAGGCAACGUGCCCCAUUCGCCGUCGCCGCCCCACACGAACACCAGCUACCACAAGGACGAGCGGGCCCAGCGGCAGCACUCGAAGCUGCACCGAAAGCUCGACCAGAAGCAGCGGGAAUUGAAUGCAUCUGCAACGACGCCGAUCAAUUCACCUCGAAAACAUGCCGAACUGAACGGUGGUGGUGGUGUAAGGAAAUCGCACGCCCCACCCCAGCAACAGCAGCACCAUCUGCUUCCCAACCACAUGAACAAUCAUCGCAAUGGUACGGGAGCGGCCGUUGCGAUCAACACGCCGUCCCCCUCGGAGGAGGACACGUCGAGCGCCCCGGACGAGGAGGACGACAACACGCAGUCGCUCAUAGUGGAGCAUCUGAGCGCGGUCCCAUCGCCGCAGGUGACCGAGAUAACGCCCCGCACCGCCCUGCUGCAGUGGUCGCCGCCGACACCGACCGUGCCGGUCGUGCCGCUACCACCGCCGCCGGUAACGGCCGGCCCCGUGCCGGGCGUACCACCGCCACCCCUGCCCGGCGCCGCCCUCGAACCGCUGCCCUUCAACGUGCAGGACCUGCGGUACGAGGUGCUGCUGAGCGACCACGGCAAGGAGAACAAGUACAAGAGCAUCUUCAAGGGCUCGUCGCUGUCCUGCAAGGUGCAGGACCUGCGACCGGGCCAGGAGUACACGGUGCGGCUGCAGGUGUACCUCGACCAGCUGCACGGCUCCCCGACCGAGCCGACCGUCUUCAACACGCCCUGCUGCGAGCCGGACGUGCCCGCGCCGCCCAAGCUGCUCGCGCGCUCCAAGAACUCGCUGCAGCUGCGCUGGAACGCACCGUCGGACAACGGGUCCCACAUCAUCCAUUACAUCCUCGAGUGUGACAAUGGCAAAGGUUCGAUGACCCACCAGCAGCAGCAAGGACAGCAACCGAUGCAGCUGGCGUACGAAUUUUUCGAGGUGUGCAAGACGAAGGGUAAGCAGUUCCAGCUCAACAAGCUGCAGCCGUCGACGUACUACGUGUUUCGGCUAUCGGCCGUGAACGAGUACGGCCGCAGCGGCUACUCGGAUCUGGUCAAGUACAGCACGGUCGGGAAUGCGCCGGCCCAACCGGCACCGCCGACGCUGCGGCACGCGACCGCUACCACGCUGAAGCUGGCCUGGCAGCGGCGCUCGCCGUGCGAGGAGUACACGCUGCAGAUGAACGACGACCAGGGGUACGGCUACCGGAACGUGUACAACGGGCAGGACACGCUGUACGAGUGCAUCGGGCUGCGGCGCGCUUCCACAUUCCAGUUUAGGUUAAGGGCGGAGAACGAUAACGGGCGGGGCCCGUGGAGCGAGGAGGUCGUCUUCCGGACGCUGCCCACGUGCCCGGGCCGGCCGGCGAAGCCGCAGGUCAAGGGAAAGGUGCACGCAAACGGGUUCCGGGUGAGGUGGGACGCGCCGCACGAUACGGGCGGGGCGGACAUCUCGCUGUACCAUCUGGAGAUCAGCUCGGGCGCCUCGUACGACCGUGUGUACAGCGGCAAGGAGGCGGAAGCGACGAUCGAUCGGCUAAACCCUGGCACCGCCUACCAGAUCCGCGUGCUGUGCGAGGGCCCCGGCGGGAUCAGUGCAUUUUCCGAGCCGUGUCUCGUGACGACGGAACCGGUGUCGCCCGGGCCGCCCCAGAAACCGUACUGCAAAUCGCCGCCGACACCGUACGCCGCGUGUCUCGGGUGGGAGAAGCCCGACUACAACGGCGGCUCGCCCGUGCUCGAGUACGAGAUGGAGGUGGAGACGGUCAGCACGAAGGUGCGCAGCGCGGUGUACCGGGGCAGGGACAUGUUCUGCGUGGCGAAGGAUCUGCUGCCCGGCGAGCAGUACACGGUGCAGGUGCGGGCGCUCAAUCGCAUCGGCGCCGGGCCCUGGUCGGAGGAGUUUACGUUCACUGCCGGUUCGGCACCGCCCGAGUCGCCGCGCGACCUGUCCGUCGUGCUGAAGUCGCCAACGCAUUUAACUGUGAUGUGGGCCGAGCCGCACAGCAACGGGUCACCGAUAAGCGAGUACAUUCUUCAAUCCAGUGCCGAGUCGAGCAGCAGUGAGGUAGUGGACGCGAGCGGAGGAGCGGUGGACGCGAACGCCAACUACCAGACGGUGUACCGGGGCGCGCACCGGUCCGCGGACGUGCGCAAUCUGCACCCGCACUCGCGCUACCACUUCCGCGUGUGCGCACUGAAUGCGGCCGGCUGCUCGCGCUACUCCGUACCGAUCGGGCAGCAGAUGCCGGCGGCCGCACCGAACGCACCGACCGUCGGCGGGCAGAAGAUCACGGCCAAGAGCAUACUUAUUAGCUGGCAGACGCCGCACGACAACGGCUCGCCGGUGACGCAGUACAACAUCGAGUGCGGCGAUCGGUUGAUCACGACAGACGCGCACACGGCCAGUGCGGCCGCCAUCGCAGCUACCUCGCCCGAGCAGCAGCAGCAGCACGGCGCUGGAGGAUAUCCGGCAGCCGACCACCACCAACACCACCACCACCACUACGACGAGGAGUACGAGGAGGAGGAAGAGGACGAAGAGGAGGAAGCAUCCGUAGGCAGUGCGGCGUCGACGGACGCGGAGGACGAACCGUCUGCCGCGACGAAUUUAGUAGAUAGCAAAUUAGGCAAAGCGGUCGCCGCCGCCAGUCCCGCCCACUCGGCCAAGGGUGGCAAGGGGCAGAACCACGCGGCUGCCAGCGCACCGGCCACCACCCCAGCGAGCACCGCUGGCCGGUCGAACUGCAGCAACAUGCUGCUGAUCGGCGAGCUGCACCCGGAAACGACGUACAAGCUGCGCAUCCAGGCGGUGAACGCCAUCGGCACCGGGCCCUUCUCCAGCUACAUCAAGUUCACGACCUCGCCGCUGCCCCCGAAACCGCCCAAGCUGGAGUGUGCGCAGGCCGGCUUUGCGCACCUGAAGCUGCGCUGGGGCGAGGGCAAGAACCUGGCUGACCUGGCCCGGUACUACGUCGAGAUGGAAAACAGGCGCACGGGCGAGUACCACAACGUGUACACCGGCACGCGCAACACGUGCAAGGUGAUGCGGCUGCACGAAACGACCAGCUACACCUUCCGGAUAUGCGUCGAGACGCGGCACGCCGGGCGGGGCGAGUUCUCCGACGGUUUCAGCUUCACAACGGCGAUGGCAGCGCCGAACAGCAUCAAGGCACCGCGCGUCUGCACCGAUGCGGCCGCACUGGCAGCAGCGGCGGCCGGCAACGACCCGGCGGCCCGCCACGGCACGCUCACGAUCGAGUGGCAGACGAGCCGGAACAACCCGUUCGUCGAUCCGAUCGAGUACAUUCUGCAGAUGGCCAAAGCUAGGGACCAAGAAUUUCAACAGGCCUACCGUGGACCCGAAACGCGCUUUACUGUACACAACCUGCAGCAUGGCGUGACGUACGCGUUCAAGGUGUGUCCGGUGCGCGUGCGCCAGAACGGUGAGCUCAUGAGCGGCCCGUUCUCCCCGGUGCUGACCCACCAUCUCGCGACGAACGUGCCGCGGUCGAGCAGUGGGGCGGGUCGGUCCGGUGGAGCCGGCCACACCACGGACGACGUCGAUGGGCGCACCCCGUUCCAGGGCAAUGUGGUCAACAGCAAGGGUGAGUUGGUGCUGACGACCAAAUCGUCGACCGGGGCGGGCCUGCUGCUGGCCGGCAGCAACAACGGGUACGGUCCGGACGGCGACGGUCACCAGCACGGGGCGCGCAGCGAUACGGUCGCGUCGACCACGCUCCAGCAGCUGCAGAAGUUCUUCGAGCCCGACUCGAGCAAAGCGGUCGUGUGCGUGUUUGCGCUCUUCCUGCUGUCCAUCAUCGUGGCCGCAUUCCUCAAGUAAAGCGCCUCCCCGGUGCCGACAAGUGCUCUCCCUCCAUCCCCGCGCUCCGUAUGCCCGCUAUAUUGUGUUGUCCUUGUCGAUGUUGUUGCCUUGUCCGUCGCCGGGAAUCCGUCGCUUCCUAUGUCUAACGAAUGUACUAGCUGAGAAAAGUAACCUUUUCCUGCUACACACACAUACACCCACAUUACGAGAAAGGAAGAGAGAGAGAGAGGGAGAUGUGCAGGUGUAAUUGCAAAACAAAAAGUGCAGAACGAGAACGAAACACGAAGAGAAGUGUGUGGUAUAAUUAUGAAACAUAAAUAUUGAUAUAAAACAAAAAUACAUACACAAAAACCAACAUUAAGCAAAACAAACAAGCAAACAAAACAAAAAAAAUCAUGUGAUGUGCGCACUAACCUAUACUUUAUGCAAUUAUUAGUCUACUCUCACAAUCAAAAUGUAUGUUUGCAUCAUCAAAACCCAGAGCAGGAGAAAGCACCGAUUGAAGAGGAAAGAACAAAACACCGGCGAGCAAGUAAAAACAGAACCAGUAAUAGCACUAUUUGCUGAAAAAACCCAUCCCGCUCCUCGCCACACAGGGCACAGGGCAACCCAUCCAUGGCUGGUAGAAGUGGGGGGAACAUUAACGCUUUAACCGAUAGGGGAGAAUGUCUUUCCCCCUUUAGAAUUGAUUCCAGAAAGAAGUCACCCUUGCAUUUUGCAACCGCAAAAAGCGACGCGAAACACGAAGGACAACAAGCCUGUUAACCUUUAUAGUGCGCCAACAAACCUAUAUACCAUUUACUGUCCAUUUUUAUGAGUAAAUAAUCAACAAUGUGUGUGUGUGCGUGUGCAGUAAACCAAUCUGUGUAUAGCAAACAGAACAAACAGCCACACGGGAGCCCGAAGGAGAAAUUGAAAAAUAGCUAAUCAACCAUAUUAUCCAAAAAAAAACCAGCCAGGCAAUCGAGAAGAAAGCAGCGGCACCGAAGCGCAAUUGCGCCCGCCUAUUUCUAAAAUAUGUGUUACAUUUGCUAUAUUGUUUAUUGCCUUUUGCCUACGGUUUUGCAGCGCGCGGUUCUUUGUGUUGUUUGACCCCAAAGCAAAACGGAAGCUACUAUGUUGCGUGUUUGUACAAGCCGAUGCUUGUUUUCCAUUGAAUAAUCAAAAAUCAACAACGACAAAAGAUUGCGCAGGUUACGUAUGAAGAGAAAGAGAAGGGAGGAAGAGGGAGCUAUGCUCACCAUCGCGUUUGUACGGCCUUUGCUUUAGCAUAAAUAUGUGUCCGUUUUCGGUACUUUUGUUACAAACCUACCAAUUAUUACGCUAGCAGAGACGGUAAUCCCGCUGCAAGCAAUCGACACAUUCUAACCUAGGAGGCAUUCUCUGGUGUGAAGUUGCAAUUGCUUCUCACGUACACGCCCAAACACAAACACACACACACACACAUACACCUACUACGGAAGAAAAUGCAAACAAAAGUAUUAUUAAUGGUUAAAGAACACACACGAACACAAUUUAUGACUCACUUUCCACGAUCGUGUAAAAACUGCAUAGCAGAAGUGUGAAGGAAGGCCUUUUUUUGGGGGGGAUGUUGAAACAGUCCUCUCUCUCCCCAUAUCCCGAUAGACAAUUAGCCACCAAAAUCCCGAAAAUCUAAACCAAGCCAACUGGUAAAACCAAUAAUCUCUUUUUUACUAAUUUUUAGCGCGUAAGAAAAGAGGAGAUCGCAAUGGCUUGUGCAUCGAAAUGUGCAACCUCAAUCACCACAGCACAGAACCACACAAUCUCCCCUUUCCACGGCUCACAGUGUGACGAGGGGAUGGCCGUUCUUUUUAUUGUCUGCUUGUUCCUUCCUCUUUUUAGUAAUGGAAAGCACAACAACUAUGGGGUUCGUUUUCCUCAGCCCUUUUCUCUCUCCGGGUCCAACGAAACUGGAACGAAAGCAUUCCACAUAUGAAGAUGAAGAAUUUGUGUAUUGUGUGUUUACGACUUCCACAAAACACCACCAGUACCACCACCCUUAGAACUACACCACCGUUUUUUUUUUUAAAUUGUUACUUACCUGAUUGUAACACACACGCGCAAUUUAUGUCCUGACGCUUGAAAAUUCUACACUAAGAAAAAAAAGGGCGCGAGUUUGACAACAACACGUGGAAAACGGGAUAACGUGUACUUAAGCUAUCAUUCGAUGUAAGUAAUUUGUUUACUGUUUUUUCUUUACAACACAAACACACACACACAUACAUAUACAGAGACAGUCUCUCUCUCUUUUUCAAGCGCUUUUGCGAACCAUUACUCUCUAUAGCAUAUAUUGGUCUUCUGCUCGCGUCCUUGUUUAAUGUUAACACACAUUCGUAUAUUGGAAAAUAGUCAGGAGUACAGUCCGGUACGGUGAGGGUGUUAAUAUAGGGUUGUCUUCCAGUAGAGCAUGAUCUAACCAACACCACCACCACCCCAGCAGCAACAGCUUCUUUAUGUGUAUUUCCCCCUUUCGUACCCCAUUUCCUAGUGUAGCUAAACCACAAACAACCCCCCUAAGUAUAGGAAUAUUAAGGUUGAUGGUGCAAACGAUCGUCCCACUCUCCCAGAACGAUCGGUGGCAACGAUCGGUGGCAGGUUUCCGAUUUGUUCCGCAAUGCAGUUUGAAAAGAGGUCCUAUAAAAGAUGCAUUUUGUGUUUGUUGUUUAGUCACGGAGCUUUGUUCGAAAUGUGCAAUUUUAUUUAAAAACAAAAACCCCCCCUUUACUUUGUAGCCAAUACUUUGCAAUACUUACUUUCGUACCGUUUUUUUAUACCAGCAGCAGCAGCAGCAACAAUGGAUUUUUUUUAUAUAUUUAUUGCUGUUGUUGGCAAGAGAAAUACUUUUGUUUUGUUUUGUCUGUGUUUUAUUUUAGAGAUAGCUUUUAGAGAGAGAAGGAAAAAAGGGUGUUUAUUGACAAAAGAAACUGUGACGCGGGUUACUCCUUAAAUUCCAACACACACACACACACACACACACACACACACACAACUCAUCAAAUGGUGCAUUUUGUUGUUGUUUGUUUUCUCGCUUCUAACUUGUGUGUGUGUUUUUAGCUGAUUUUGAUAAAUUAUUUCCUGCACGUUAAAUGUGUCAGCUCAGUCAGGCGAAAAGGCACAAGCAUAACGUCGUUUUAUAGGUUUAAGCAAAAAAAAAAACGGGGAUAACGAAAACACACAGUGACAGUGGGAAUGGGACACUGCUGGAAAAGAAUGGCUUUAAUUAUUGGAAUUUAAAUGAAAGGGCGAUGGAGAAGUAGUAGCAAAAAUAAAAACAAGCAUAGGUAAAACGAGAAACAAAAGAAAGGAAAGAAGGGCAAUAGAGAGAAGUUCGUUAUUUAACAAACAAAACACUAUUCAAAAUGUAUAACAAAUAACUCCGGAACAAAACAAAAUAUGACAAAAUACUAGGGUUUUUUUUUUUGUUCUUCUCAUAAUCCAAAACACACAACAACAAGAGCAACAAUGUAUACACAAACACAUAAAAACCCCUCAAUCAAAGUAUUGCUAAUUUUGUACAGUGGGGGAGGGAAAACAGAGAAGAAAAACAGAAAACCAUAAUGGCACCAGCAAAUCACAUUACUAAUACGAGACUGCAGUUCAGAAAACAAAACACAAAACAUAAAACGAAUGUAUGUAUGUCUGUUUUAUGUUUGAUGUAAAAUGUAUGUGGAAUAAUAUGUGUGACACACAACAAGCAUGGAAAAUUGUAAGGGGAAAAGCAAAACCAGCAAAACACAUAAAACGAAAACAAAAACAAAAAAAAAACAAAUCAUUGUGGAUAUUGUAAAACAUGGCGCCUAAACCACAAAACAACAAAACACAGCUGUAAGAAAAUGAAGUUAAGUUAGAAGAAGAGUAAAACAAAAGCAAAGCAUAAACGAAACAAACAAAUACACACACACAAAGAACAUUAGAAGACAAAAUUGAGAUCGUUUCGGUUAGAAGUUAAAAAAAUGGAUUAUUUUCGUUUGUAAAUAUUGUAAACAGCGCAAAAACACGUGUUUGAGUGAGUUCUUAAAUUUUUGUUUUGGCAUUGUUUCUGCGAAACAGUUUCUCGUUAAGCCAAAUCUCCUAAAUUUUCUUUAAAAAAAAGCAAAUCAUAGUAAAAUUACUAAACCCCAGCAAUCGAGCUACUGUCGAAAGCCACUAUUAUUACUACUUCUUCUAUGGACACACACAAUCACACAUAAUGCAUUGAGGUUUCUACUUAUAACGGGCACCAGUCGAAUGAUAAGGCGCGCGCGCGUGUGUGUGUGUGGUGGAAUAGAAAAAGAAGAAGAAAACAACGGGACUGACACGGGUUUGCUGGGCAACAACCAGGUACACACGACGACGCUAGAGAUUCCGGAUUCGAACAGCGAGAGCAACGCAAACACUUCUAGCAUGUAUUAGGUAUUAGAAUUGAAUUGAUAACGGUCCCUGGCCCGUCCCUUUGCUUGUUGAUUGGAGAUGGGUUUAGUAGAUUGUGUGCAGUAGUAGCAGCAGGAGGAGGGAGGUGACAGUGGUGAAAUAGUAAAAAAAAAGUCUGUUAUGUUAACGCAAUUGAGCAAUUAUUGAGGGCGUCAGUGGGUUGUAGAGAAUGAGCGCAGGAGAGAGAGAGAUGAUACAAGGGAUUGUUUGCAAUUUGUUAGCAAAAAAAAAUGAAAGGAAAAGGAUUUAGCGAAAGAUUAGGUAAAGACUGUUGGGAUGACGUGAUUGGCCACGUGCUUCCGGUUGCCGGCAGACACCGGGAUCCGGCAGCAAUUCACGGGCUUUCCACCGAUGAGAGGGAAGCUGGAUGCUGGUUGAUGGAUUGAUUAACAAUUUUUAUAUGCAUAUUUUUUUAUCUCACGUUUAGGAAAGGAUGUUGAAGCGCAUCAACAACUUUAUAAAAUAUGCUGGAGUUAUGAGUUGUUUAUAAUUUUUUUUGUGUACUAUUUUAACUAUUUAACUACUCUUUUUUUAUACCGUGCAUUACGAUUGAGGAAGCGAGGGAAAAACGGUGACGCAGGGGAAGGAAAAGCUAAAACGAAACCCAAGAUCAAGAGGAACAAGAGAGAUAGCGAACGAUGUUGGUAGGCAAUAUAUAUGUAUAUCGAUGAGACGGGAGUGGGAAAUAUUAGGGAAAUUGAAUUGAAUUGAAUUUGUAGCACGUUGUUGUUGCGCCCGUUUCCCCCAUUUGGUUGGGGCAGGAGUGGGGAAGAGGAGGUGGUAGUUGUACAAAGUGAAUUUUGUUUUUGUUUUUGCUAGCUGCGUGGGGUGGGCUGCGAGAGAGAGAGGACAUUGUGAAUGUCCUGGUGAGGAGGUGGUUAUGAUGAUUCACGAUUAAAGGAGAAGGAUUUGCGAUAAAGGAAACGAUUAGGGUAAAGGCAAAAAUGAAACAAAAAGAGAGAGCGAAAACAAAGUUAAACUAAUAAUGGGCUUUGAGCAACAAAAAAAAAACAUACAAAAUCAACAACCAUGUUUGCUUAUUCUUUUUUUUUGCUGCGCGCUGUAGGUAAAAAUCAAAUUGAAACAAACAAAAAAACAAACAAGAAAAUGGACAGACGCCACACAGACUUGUACUGCUACUACUAUUACGGCAAACUGCUACUGAUACUACUACUACUACUACUUCUAAUUCUACUACUAUUAAUACAACUACUGCAAAAGCCGCAUGUGUGUAAUGUGUAACAAAUUACUAUGAGAGAGCGAGAGAGCGGGCGGAGAGUUAUGAAAAACAAAAGAAACAAACAAACAAAACACGCAUAAAAGUAAAACAAAGGUAAACCAGUAAUGAAACAAGCAAAGCAAAAGCAUUGCAACAAGAACAACAACAGAGCAACAACAACAGAAAAAGAAAACGAACAACAGACGCGCAACACAUACAAAAAAAAAAACAAACAACCCAUUACAAAACAAAACAAAACAAUGUGUAAACAUAAGGUGGGGAAAUGGAUAAGAAAAGAAGAAAAAAAUCGCAUGAAAAUACAAAAAAGAUGAUUAUAUGUUGAAAAGUGGACAUUAAGUAUAUAUAUACAUAUAAAAAAUGAAAAAAAACGAAACAAACAAAAUUAUCUUAAUAUAUACAUAUAUAUAUACACGUACAUACAUACAUAAAACAAUAUUUAAUUUAACAGAAAUAUAUUUUAUGUAAAAAAUCCUGAAA